CGUGAUAUAAACAAUUAAAAAAGAGAGAAUAUAUAAAAGAAAGUAGUUACGUGGUUUCAGAUACUAACCAUUGUGAUCAAAAUGGCUGAGGAGAAGAAUUAUAUAAUAAAGGUAGAGGAAGGGAAGGCCGCCACCGAUGAAAGACCGUCGAUCGGCCCCGUUUAUCGCAGUAGUUUUGCCGAGAAUGGUUUCCCUGCUCCGAUUCCUGGAAUGGAAAGUUGUUGGGACAUUUUCCGAAUGUCAGUUGAGAAAUAUCCUAACCACCAUAUGCUCGGUCACCGGCAGAUUGUGGAUGGGAAAGCUGGAAAAUAUGUGUGGCAAACUUACAAACAAGUUUACGACAUUGUAAUGAAAGUAGGAAAUUCCAUUCGGAGUUGUGGUGUUGAGGAGGGAGGAAAGUGUGGUAUAUAUGGUGCCAAUUGCCCAGAGUGGAUAAUGACCAUGGAGGCCUGCAAUGCUCAUGGACUCUCUUGUGUUCCUUUAUAUGACACUUUAGGUGCUGGUGCUGUGGAGUUUAUCAUAUGCCAUGCAGAAGUUUCAAUUGCUUUUGUAGAGGAAAAGAAGAUUGCUGAACUGUUUAAAACAUUUCCAAACUCAACAAAAUACUUGAGAACAAUUAUUAGCUUUGGGAAGGUAACACCUGAGCAGAAGGCAGAAGCUGAGAAGCAGGGUUUGGCAAUAUUUACUUGGGAAGAAUUUUUGCAACUGGGAGAAAAUAAACAAUAUGAUCUUCCUAUAAAGAAGAAAACUGAUAUCUGCACGAUAAUGUAUACUAGUGGAACAACUGGUGAUCCCAAGGGAGUAUUGAUUUCAAAUGAAAGUAUCAUUACUCUUUUAGCAGCGGUGGAUUGUCUGCUAGGACGUGUAAAUGAAGAGUUGACUAUGAAUGAUGUUUAUAUUUCUUAUCUUCCUCUUGCACAUAUCUUUGACCGGGUGAUUGAGGAGUUAUUUAUUUCUCACGGUGCCUCAAUAGGAUUCUGGCGUGGGGACGUGAAACUAUUACUUGAAGAUAUUGGGGAGCUAAAGCCAAGUGUCUUCUGCGCUGUUCCUCGUGUGCUGGAUAGAAUCUAUUCAGGUUUACAACAAAAGAUUUCUGAGGGAGGCUUAUUGAAAAAGACCUUGUUUAAUGUGGCAUAUUCAUUCAAAUUCUACAACAUGAGAAAUGGCUCCAAACAUGCAGAGGCAUCUCCAUUUUCUGACAGAAUUGUAUUCAGUCAGGUAAAAGAAAGAUUGGGAGGGAAUUUGAGGAUUAUUCUCUCUGGAGCAGCACCUCUUUCUUCUCACGUGGAAGAGUUCCUACGAGUAGUGGCAUGUUGUCAUGUGAUGCAAGGAUAUGGUUUGACAGAGACUUGUGCUGGAACUUUUGUCUCAUUACCACAUGAGUUGUCAAUGCUUGGUACUGUGGGGCCUCCAGUACCAAAUGUGGAUGUACGCCUAGAAUCUGUUCCUGAAAUGGGAUAUGAUGCCCUUGCAAGCACACCACGAGGUGAAAUUUGUCUCAAGGGAACAACAUUGUUCUCAGGGUACUUCAAACGUGAAGACCUCACCAAGGAGGUCAUGAUUGAUGGGUGGUUUCACACAGGGGAUAUUGGUGAGUGGCAACCAAAUGGAAGUAUGAAAGUUAUUGAUCGAAAGAAGAACAUCUUUAAGCUUUCACAAGGUGAAUAUGUUGCUGUCGAGAACCUGGAGAAUGUUUAUGGUUGUGUUUCUGAUAUUGAAUCGAUAUGGGUUUAUGGGAACAGCUUUGAGUCCUACCUUGUUGCGGUUGUUAACCCAAAUAAGCAAGCACUUGAACGCUGGGCUGCUGACAAUGGUGUAAGUGGUGACUUUGAAACCAUCUGUAAAGAUCCAAAGGCCAAAGAGUACAUACUUGGAGAGCUUACAAGGACUGGCAAAGAGAAACAGCUUAAAGGUUUUGAAUUUAUAAAAGCUGUCCAUCUCGACCAUGUACCGUUUGACAUGGACCGCGACCUUCUCACCCCAACAUUUAAGAAGAAAAGGCCUCAAUUGCUCAAGUAUUAUCAGAGUGUGAUCGACGACAUGUACAAGAGCAUAAACAAGCCAAAUGCUUGACCGAACGGGGAUCCUAAAGCGGGUUGUUCUACGAUUCUGCUCUUUUCGUUUAGUUUGGACAGUAAAAUACAAACUUCUUUGAAGGUAACAUUUUUAGAGAAUUGUUUUUAUCUCAUUAUUAGAAUUUUGAAAAUAAGUAAACAAUAAGGGGAUAGUUUUAUGAGGAGAAUGUAACAUUAGUAGUUGGUCAAAGUCUAAAUUCUAAAUUGGUUUCAAUUUUUAAAACUUCUUAAUUGAAUUAAAAAUAUUAAUAUUAUAUCAA